GUGGGUGUUGAUGGGUGGUAAAAAGAGUAGUGUCGAUCCGUGAGCUUGUGCUUCGGCAAUGUGCUGAGUGCGCCAGCAAGAGAGAAUUCACGUCCGCGCUUUAGGUGCUGAGUGGGUGAAAAGGGAGUGUGGUGGAUGGUCAGUUCAGUGAGGAAAAUGGCGCCGUUCGUGUAGUGUUCGAAUAAUGUGCUGCUUCUGAGCGAGUGAAAAAUCAAGAAUUUAUUGUUGCAGUGACGGAAAUAUCGAAAUAAUUCAUUCAAGUGGUGUUAGUUUUUUCUGGUUGGGCCAUUUGUAGGUCAAAGCUGUUGCACAGGUUGCAAGGGUUCGGCUAGCAAGCUUUCAAAGGAAGAAAAAUGAGCAUCCAUUGAUGAUGGUGAAAAAUUGGCCUUGUCGUUGAAUUGAUGCAGAUUCAAAUAGUGUUCGUUGAUCAAAUCAAUAAAAUCUUUAGAAGUGCUCAGUUAUUGGGUUUGAAAACCCGUAAAUGUUUUAGUAGUUCAUCUAAAUUUUAAAGAUAUUGAAGGAGGGGCAAAAUAUUGAGGUACGAAAAAGUCAAGUGAGAAAAAUGCAAGAGGACACGUCUUCCUAGCUUCCUCUUGGUGAGGUGAGAACUUCACGGUGAAAGCAUAUUCGUACCUAUUCUAUACUACAGUUACUGAAAGGAUACACGCACAUCGAUACAAAUUUGGACAGAAGCGCAACAGCACGUCUAGACCGAAAGAUUGCUCUGAACUAUAACAUUCGCGCAUGUAGCAAUUACGCCUUCAAAUCAUACAGCAACUGGUCGUAGCUGUAGGUCGUCUCAACCGAGUACUAUCACCGACACAACUGCAAUUACACAUAUCUGUAGCUACGUCCAACUGCGGAUAGCAGCCUCGAUCGACAGCACCAUAGGUUCCACCGGGCAACGAUGAAGUUUUCAAUCCCGCUUCCAGGCGGCGGUACCGGACUGACACUAUUCUCCAAAUUAGUGCGAACCAAGGACCUUCGCAAGCUUCAGGGCGAAGAUCCGAGAAGUACAAAGCCAAAAUUAACGAAAUGUCUAACCACACUCGACCUAACCUCACUAGGAGUGGGAUCGUGCUGUGGCACCGGUAUGUAUCUAGUGGCCGGUUUGGUAGCGAGAAACAUAGCAGGUCCCGGUGUAGUGCUUAGUUUUAUCAUAGCGGCCAUAGCUAGUAUAUUUUCAGGCGCCUGUUAUGCAGAGUUUGGCGUCCGGGUGCCACACACUUCCGGCUCGGCGUACAUGUACUCUUAUGUGUCGGUAGGAGAGUUUGUUGCGUUCGUUAUCGGAUGGAAUAUGAUAUUAGAAUAUUUAAUUGGUACGAGUGCGUGUGCCUGUGCGUUGAGUGCAAGCUUCGAUUCGCUGUCCGGGGGCUCCAUCAGCAGGAGCGUAGCGUCCGCCGUGGGGACGAUUUUUGGGCGCCCACCGGAUUUCAUCGCGUUCGGCAUCACAAUGGUGAUGACGUUUGUGCUGGCGCUGGGAGCCAGCAAAUCGGUGCUCUUCAACAACGUCCUCAACACCAUAAACCUCGCAUCGUGGGUGUUCAUCCUGACGGCUGGGCUGUUCUACGUAGACACCUCCACGUGGUCGGAACAUGAGGGUUUUCUACCAUACGGCUGGAGUGGGGUGUUUACGGGUGCUGCCACCUGUUUCUACGCCUUCAUCGGGUUUGACAUUAUCGCUACGACGGGCGAGGAAGCGCACAACCCGCAGAAGAGCAUCCCGAAGGCGAUUGUUGGAUCGUUGUUGAUUGUGUUGUUCGUGUACGUCACCAGCAGUCUUGUGCUGACGUUAGUAGUUCCCUACGACCACAUUGACAAGGGUUCCGCUCUGGUUCAGAUGUGGACCUACGUGGGUGCACCCAAGUGCCGAGGGCUGGUUGCACUAGGAGCCACAGCAGGGCUCAGUGUAGCCAUGUUCGGUUCGAUGUUCCCUAUGCCCCGAGUGAUAUACGCCAUGGCGCAAGACGGUCUUGUAUUUAAAAUGCUCUCCCAAUUGUGGGAACGUACCGGGGUGCCCGGAAUCGCUACCAUCGGAAGUGGUUUGGCAGCCGCACUGGUUGCGUUGACCGUGAAACUGGAAGUCCUGGUGGAGAUGAUGUCCAUUGGUACAUUACUAGCGUAUACUUUGGUGUCGACGUGUGUCCUUAUUCUACGCUAUCAGCCGCAUAGCACAUCGUUAGUGGAUCUACUGCCGGCACAGUUACGGACACCACAACCUCCUAGUACUCCGGAUCCUACGACUAAGCAACGUGUGAAAGGAAACAUAAUGGUGAAGAAAAUCGUCAGAACAUCACCUGACUCAGAUGAUAGUUUCGGAGAUGAUAGCCCCGAUGGGUUCAUGGGUCGCGACGAUCAGUUUCUGGUAUCGGAUAAAUCAGAAAAUAAGUUCUACGGUGCUGUGCAUGGUGCUCCGCAGGGUGGUUCGAAUCCAUUUACACUGUGGGGUUUUGGAUACAUCGGACGGAAAAUCGAGCAAUACUCCUAUCUAUGCCCUGGAUUGUUCCCUUGGGUAAAUCCUGGACCAGCAACACACGAAAGCGGAAUGUUCGUCACAAAAAUGGUAGGCUUAAUGUAUGCCUGCAUAUUUUUCUUGGAUCUGUUCAUGGCCAUUGGGAUUACUGGUUCCUUAUUUGCGUUGAUUUACACCGCCUUAGUACUAAGUAUUUUAAGUAUCCUAGUGGUGAUCUCACGGCAACCCCAGAACCGGUAUGCUCUUCCCUUCCUAACGCCAGGACUUCCAUUCAUUCCAACAGUAGCGAUCACGGUGAACGUAUAUCUAAUAUUUAAGCUAAGUAUACUGACGUUAGUGCGGUUUACGGUUUGGAUGACGCUCGGUCUCAUCAUGUAUUUCUACUACGGAAUCACUCACAGUUCGCUGGAGAAUCCGGAAGAAGAGUUCGAACUUACAGUGGACGGCAACGGUCAGCAUCCGUCAGCAGGACAGCAGUCCAAUCUUAAAGUUCCUUCACAAAGCAAUCAUCGAACCGAACCGACAGCAGUCUGGGACCGGCACGGAUACGAAAAUCGCAUGGCGACAAAUGAUGAUGGCGAAUUGCAGUGGGGCUCCGGUCCGAAUUCGACCAAUAGUUGGAAUCCAAACAAUGCGUGGGGUGACACAACUAUUUAUGACCCUCCUCGUCAGCAGCAGCCACCGCGUCAACAGAUCGCACAGACCAACAUCUUCCAGCCACCGCCGACACAACAGCGACCAGAGACGAAAAAGGACGGUUUCGGAUUGUUCUAUCAGGAAACCUCCAGUUAUCCCACGUGGGACGACUAAGGAUCGUUCCCAAGGGCUGCCCCCUCGUCAUUUUCAUCCCCAUCAGCUGUACAGACACGCGAGAGAGCAUUUGGAGGACUGAACGCGAUGAAUUUAUCGGGAAAGCAAUCAUCACCCAUCAUUAUCUGUGUUGUUACCAUUUACCACAUUAGACAUCCAGGCAGUUGUGGCGGCGGGCAACAUGUGCUUGUACAAGUUGCAAUAUAUAUAGUAGCAAAUAGUAUACCAUUUGGCGGUUAAUCAUAAAGGGUGAGAAAGCGUAACAGAUUACCGCGGUUUUGUGUUGAUUUGUGUGAGAUGGUGGCGGAUUGGAUUCUUUCACGCAUGAUUCCGGAGCUGGGCAAUCCUGUUCAUUUUUUUGGGUGCUACCAGCGCCACUUUUAAUGGGCCCCGGGACAUAAUUUAUUUAUGUGCUUCUUACUAACUAAAUGACCUUUUUUUUGCUCGGUGGGUCUUAUCAAGGCCCCCCAAGACCGUGGGUCCGGGGGCACGUUCCCCCACUGCCCUCUGUAAAAGCAACCCUGGGUGACACGAAAUUUUACAGAUAUUGGCAUGUUAGGAACUGCACAUUGAUUGAAUGUAAAGUUUUUUUUUCGUUAUCUGUCUGCUCAAAACAAAGAAUGAAAAUUCAUUGACAGCAUUUAUUUCUGCGAGCUAUGAAUGUGCCAUACCCGAAGCAGUAAAAGAGUUGGAGUCGAGUCGCCCUAGGACGGAUAGACCUUUAAAAUCGAAUGUUGACAGGUUUAUAAGUCGCUUCCAAAUAAAAAGCCGUCCAUCUCUUGUAUUGUUAGAGGUAAAAGCGUUCUUUACAAUAUCUUGAUAGUUAUGUAAUCUAUCAGGAAUUCGGCUAAUUUUGAUAGAUCUCAUGAGAAUCUUUCUGCUGAAUACUUGAUUGUAUAAAAUUUCCUGAAACCUGUAUUUCAGAACUCAUCAUUUUAGCAAAUUAUAUGCCAAAAUGGACUCAUCUUCAAAAAACUAUUCUCCGGAGUGAACGUCUACCAGAAAAAAAUCCCUUGCUAAUGAUACUGUAGUUGAACAGAGUGUGUGUGUGCUAAUGACAUAAAUGAAAAGAUUAUUGUUUCUCAAACUCAUAUAUCGGAUUUCAUAGUAUUUCCCUAAGCGGAAAAAAAUCAGCUCGAACGCAAAUUGUCUGCGCAAUUUGGAACAAUUCAAAAGAUAAAGUAAAAUCUAUUAAAUUUGGCAAAUCUAAUUACAUUCUCAAAAGCACUUACAUUAAAACAAUAUUAAAUACACUUCCGGAAUGUGUCUGCAUGCCACAUUCUAUUUGAUCUAUCUGAUUUUUAAAAGUAAUUUUACAAUAUCAGAUGGACUGUUACAUACACACCAAUUUGCGUCCUCUCAUUUUACUACUAACGACACACAUGAAGGCAUGGAUUUGUGCACUUAGUUAUAUCACCUUUUGACGACAUUAUGUUGUAAUUGAAAAAGGACCUUCAGUCCUUAUCACGCUUCAUCAAACGCUGAUUAUCUGUCAUGAGAGCGUACUUUGACUCACCAUCAAAAUCUUUGAUUGAACGCAGCUUUGGUUAAAAAUUAGUCCCUUGAAACCCGAUUCUCAAUACCUUCCGUCGCAUUGGAUAAAGUUCUUAAAGUGCAACGGAAGUACAACGUUAUAGUUCGUCGUACAGAAAUCGUAGUCAUUGUUUCAUUUCCUAGGUCACUGCAGAUUGUAUCUGAUUAUAUCAACGGUCCACUCGCAUCCUCUCAUUCUGCUACCACUGCGGUAGGCGAUAGCAGCCAGUUGACACCGGUCAUAAAGAAACGACACAGAAAAGUGCAUAAGGAGAGUUUCUACGUUGAGUCUUUCCAUUUGAUGACAACAUGAUUACUAUGAUUGUGACAUCUUGUGGUCAUAAAUUUUCCCUUUUAUGAUCGAACGGAAAUAACGGAAACGAACGCACACAUAUUUCUACGCACAACACGAUACAUUAAUGCACACUUCCUUAAAAAUGUAGAUUUUUUAGAACAUUGAAUCGAUCAACCAACUGAAUCGUAGUAGAUGCUUUCCUGACUGUCAUGUUAGACAUCUCUGUUUUGUUCCAUUUAUUUUUUGCAAAAAUCCGUCCAGCCGCCAUCGCUAUCGCCAUCGUGCACGUUUGAACGCUACUCGCCAAAGAAAUACCAAUCAGCUGUUUUCACCCGCAAAAUGUGAUAUUCUCUAGUGAAAUAAAAUGGAACAUAUCCUUAGUUUAAAAUAAAUUCAACAAUUUUUGUUAUUAAGUACUGCAAUAGAUGUAAAAUGAUUGAACUAUCAGAAUAAUUUUAAGCAACGUUAUUGCAGAUAGUUUUCAAACUAUAAAGUUUAGAAUCGUUUAAUGUGGACUGUUAGUUCAUGACACGUUUUCCUAAAUCAAGCUUAUUUGAUUAACUUUUUUGCGGAUGCUAUAAGGCAUGUGAAGUAGGUACUAUUCCAUGGACGAAAAUUUAAAUUUAAAAUACGACCGAUAUAAGUACACUGUAAAAAUUAUCACAAAACUGAAGCAAAAUGAACAAUUGAAUCUGAACAAAGCUAGUUAACUCAUUACGGAAGGCCAUUCGGGGAAAAUGAAUUCAGAGAUGUUAGCUAGUAUUUUCUAGUACAUUAGUAAUAUACCACUGGAGGAAAUGACACAAGUUUCAUGGUGAUUGGUUCUAAACCUGGUCGCAAGUGGAACCUGUGUAGAACAACAGAACUGAGUGGUUUGCUUUGUGUUACAGUUCGAAGAAAAAUACGGUAGAAUAAAGCGAGCAAUAACGACCAGUUGUAGGAGAGUAAUACAUGAAAUGUUAUAUUUCACCGGUAUUAUGUGUGUAGGAAAAUUAAACUAAAGAACACAACCUAAUACACCUAAACAGGAGAAUCAUAAGAAAAAAAAACCUAUAUACACUAGACGAGCAGAGAUUGAAAUCAGCAUCUUUCAAUAAAUUAAGUGAUAUUUUACUGUUGAUAUUGUUGAUUAAAGUGUAUUUAUUAUAAUUAUUGCAGUUGAUAACAAAACAGAAAAAGCUGAAGCUGACGAAUGGAAACGGUUGUUGAAGUUUGUGAAAUGAUGCGGAUAAGUAUGUAAUAAAUGAUUGAUGUGACAGCGUUUUGCUUAAAUGAAAACAUAUAUUCUGAGUACAACUUUUCACACAGAUUUCAUUUCACUGCUAAACUGAUGAAACUGAUCCCAUCUCAACUGGAAACAAAACGGAACUAUUUAUGAGAACGAUAGCAUAUUGUAAACAGAACAUAUUUUAUCCCUCCGUUUCUUCCAUAUGCAAAACCGGUAUUGAAUCAAUGAUCAACUAUCACCAAUUCUGUCUGCCAGAACACAGAAAAAACAAUUCGAAAACUACAGCCAGGAUUUUUAAUAAAUAUUCUUUACAAACGCAAACAAGCACGGCACGAAAGGAAGCUUUGCCCAGGCUUACUCAUUUUCGAACAAGAACAAAUGAACAAAACUAAGUUUUAACUUUUCUAUGUGUGAUAUUUAUCUAUAUACAUAUAUACAUAAAAGACAUAAAACAAAGAUAUUGCAUAUUGCAGACUUAUUGACUCUAUACAUUACUAAACACACUCAAGACACAGAAAUCAUUAUUCGUGUUCGAUAAUGUUACGAUCUAAUACUUCAUCGAUAUAUUUAGACAACAUAUAAUACAAGAACCGAACAAAUAUUUAGCUUAAAACUCCAUUAGUCAAAUGUCAACUAAACUCACCGUACAAAAAGUAGAAGGCAACGGAUAAUGGAAGCUAAUCAAACUAAGCAAACAACUAAAACAAACUCAUUUCAAGUAUAGUUAGUACAUAUUUUCAAAUUCUCCACGAUGAACAAAACGCAUUCAAAUCUUCUAGGUGUUUGUAUAAAUAUACAUAUGUAAAAUUGCAUCUGCUAAAUUAUUAAAACAAAACAAAAUCAAUCGAUAAUGUGUUGUCAUACACAUACUCACGUACGCAAAACAAGUAUUAGAAAAACAACCAAGUUUGUUGAGUUAUUGAAAAAAAAAAACAACUAGUAAGGACGGUAUUACUAAGAUUUAUCUCACGACAAAAUGACAUCUAUUCAACAAAUAAAAUUAAUCAUUAGUGCAGCAGCAGAACAAAGCAAGCAUACAAUCCAAAAUUGGCCGAAUCACUAAACGAAGUACGAACAAAUCAUGAAACAACAGAAUUGCUCGAAACGAUAUCUAGCGACGGAAAAUAUCUGACAUUAGUUAAAAUAUUCGGCAAGAGACAAAUAUAAAUGCAAUAAAAGAACAAA